AUGUCGACGAUUGAUGACGUGCCGGCAGCUACGCGUUCUUUUUUCGACCAUCUGUGCGGUCCGUUCUUUGUGGCAUUUCGCGUUUUGGGCGUUUGUCCGUACACGAGAAAUCGAAACGGCGUCUUCCGCAAAAAGACCGUGUCUGUGUCUUCGAUGUACACGUUAAUCUCGGGCGCGACGUUCGGGUAUGCCACGUUUGCAGCGAUCAAGACGUUAUCCCGACAACCGCCUCCCAUAGCCAUGUCCAACUUCAAUCGCAUACUUUUGAAGUUCGGUUAUGGCACAUUGAUCGCACCAUCCGCCUUCGUGCCCGUCAUCAUGUGGUUCGAGACGACCAAACUCCAGGCAUAUCUACACGAGUGGCGACUAUUUCAAGACAAUUAUAAUAGAGUGAUCGGCGAUUUGGAUGGUACUAUUAUGAUCGUGAUCGUCAAGAAACGAGUGAACAGAAUUUAUCGAUCAAUAAUCGUGUUCUUAUUGAUCACAGGAGUUGCAAUAUCGUGGUCAUCAUCGACCAUAAACGACUUACAUGUACUCGUUUGCACGAUAAAAAGUAUUUCAAUCAUGGUUUUCAUUGCGGGAUUUUGGUUCGUGGGUGCAAUUGUGAUUGAGGCCACAAUCGACGGAUACAAGAAAAAAUUACAAACGGAGUUGGACAGGCACGACAGUUUCAGAUUCGGCGCCCGGUCGAUCGAAGACUACCGUCUGCUGUGGCUGCAGAUGAGUCGGCUGGUUCACGGGGUCGGCGAUUACAUGUCAGCCACAGUGACGUUUUGCAUAUUUCACACAACCAUCGUGGUCGUCUUGAGCGUGUACGCGCUGGCCGUGUGGGGCGCAACGCUCGUUAGACUGCGCCGGUACGAAGCGCUCGCGUCCGCCUUGGUGGCGCUCGUCUGCAACGCCACGUUUCUGUACGUGUACUGCGAUUGCGGUUACAGUCAGACCAAAAAAUGCGUCGACAGCGUGAUACUACUCAUACUGAAAUUGAAGUCGUUGGCCAGAUGGACAACAUCGAAUUACAUUCAGAUAACGUUGUUCUUAAAUGCCGUGAAUCAAUAUCAACCGAACGUGAAUGUGAUUGGCUUCUAUGAAAUCAACAGAGGAUUGCUUGGCUCAAUUUUAUCUUGCUUUUGACGUAUCUAAUAGUUCUCAUACAACUGAAUUCUUCGUUUACCAUGCCGAGCCCCGUAGAAGAUAAUAACAACAACACUAUAUAAUGACA